GUCAUUCUCUCGAGCAGCGGCGCAGUUCGUCGUUAAUCGGUCGCGCCCCGUGCGUUUUUACUUGGACGCGCCGCGCGCUGAAGCAUCGUCCACCCGCGACACGGUCGCUCACUCGACCAGCGUCCGGCGUCGUGCGGCGGGCAGGGGGGGGACGCUCGAAAAAGGGAACGGCGCGUAGAGGGAGCAACUGCGCACACGUCGCCGUGCACAAACGACGCUACGGCGCAACGCAAGUCAGUCGCUCGCUGACGUUCGCUGUAGCUGGUUGGCUUUGCGUCCUUUCCUCGCGAUGUCGGAAGUAUUCAAACUGGGUGAUCUGGUAUGGGCGAAGAUGAAGGGAUUCUCGCCGUGGCCCGGCCGGGUGUCAGUUCCUUCAAAGGACUUGAAGAAGCCCGCGAACACUAAAAAGGGACCAGUACAGUGCAUCUUCUUCUUUGGGACAAACAAUUACGCAUGGAUAGAGGAAUCCCACAUCAAGCCGUACCAGGAGUAUAAGGAUACUUUAGUGAAAUCUAGCAAAUCUGGCGCGUUCAAAGAUGCGGUGGAAGCGAUAGAAGAAUUUAUCGCCAAAGGAGAGGUGUUCGAGGAUGGCUUGGAUCCGGAUUCCUUGUUCGAUAGACUUAAGGAAGACACCGUAACUGAGAAGAAGGCCGUCGUCAAAACGCCGAAACAGCGCAAGGAGACUACUACGAGAACCCCGAAGCGUCUGAGCGACAGUGGUACGGGUGAUCGUCGACCAGCUAAAAAACAGCGUAGGGAAUCAAGUACCAGCAAUAGCAACAGAGUCGACAAUGUCAGUCCUACUAUGAAUCACUCUACCCCGGCUAGAAAAACGGACUCGCUUCUAAACAGACCGGCAAAUAUCACCAGACCUAUUACUCCACCCUUAGACGUCGAAACGAUGUCUCAAACUCUCAAGGAAAAGAAUAUCCUUCCAUCGACUCUGAAAUUUGGUUUUCUUGGACUCGGCAUUAUGGGUAGCGGAAUCGUGAAAAACUUGAUCAACAGUGGUCAUAGUGUGAUCGUGUGGAAUCGGACGCCAGAAAAGUGCGCAGAUUUCGUGAAGGCCGGCGCGGAGCAAGGAUUGACGCCAUCCGAUGUUGUCCUGGCCGCCGACAUCACCUUCUCCUGCGUGGCUGACCCUCAGGCAGCCAAGGAUAUGGUCUUCGGUAACUGCGGUGUCCUGAUGGAGAUAUCGCCGAACAAGAGCUACGUUGAAAUGACUGGCAUUGACGCGGAGACAUCCCAGGACAUCGCCGAGGCGAUAAACGGCAAGGGCGGUCGCUAUCUCGAGGCCCAGGUGCAGGGGAGCAAAACGCAAGCGCAAGAAGGCACUCUGGUCAUUCUUGCCGCUGGAGAUCGGUCGCUCUUUGAUGAAUGCCAGUCUUGCUUCGAGGCAAUGGGCAAGAACAGUUUUUACCUCGGCGGAGUCGGUAACGCUUCCAAGAUGAAUCUUGUACUGCAGUUAAUGGCUGGUGUCACUCUGGCGGCUCUGGCCGAGAGCAUGGCGCUCGCCGAUCGCGCUGGUCUCAAACAGGAAGACGUUUUGGAGGUUUUGGAAUUGACAUCUCUGGCGUGUCCGGCAAUUCUUGAGAAGGGCAAAGCGAUUGUUGAAGGCGGCUUCCCUACCCAGUUACCGCUACAACAUAUGCAGAAGGAUCUGCGACUGUCUUUAGGCAUGAGCGACCAAUUGGAGCAACCCUUGCCGCUGGCAGCUGCGGCGAACGAAGUGUAUAAGCACGCGAAACGUCUUGGAUAUGGAAAACACGACGCCUCGGCCGUUUAUAUUAGGGCUAGGUUCUAACGCAGCAGGCGUUUCGUGUUAUUGUCACCGAGCUUCUUCAUAUUUAUUGCGAUACCUGACGUUGUUUCCCGCCGCUAAGGAAGAGAAAGAGAGAACAUUACACGUAUACUUAAAAAAUAUGUUCGUAUCUUUUUUGUUGGACUUUGAUCGACGAUUUCGAAAGAUACGCCGUCAUUGUGUAAACACCCGUGAGAUUUUACGGAAGGUAGAGAACGCAAUUCAAGUUAAGUAACGAAGAGAUAAAAAUGCGGUCGAGCGAAUCGUAGAAGAGCUUUGUUAACGCGCGUUUCGAAGAAAAAUAUUGCGGGGUCAAUGGUAAAAACUUUUUUCAAUCACUUUUUCAUACUUUAACUUGAGUGUAAAGAGAAUUUUGGCAACAUUCUUUUUUCCCCGUGCGCUUUUCGACAAAAGGAAUAUUUUUCUUCGCGCGCGAACGAAGGAGUAAGAGCGUUGAUUUGACGAAACAGUCGCUCCCGAGUCGCGUUUCGGUUUCGAUCGCGCGCGAGACGCCCACCUAGCUCGGUUUCGAGAGAUUCGCGACGUGUCGAAGAAAAGAAAUAUGUGCCUUACGAUACUGAUUGAAGAGAAAGGCUCGAUGAAACAACUGCAUUGCAAGCGACUUCAUGAUAAACGAUCGCACUGUGUAUGUCGGUGUAUGAUUAUCUUAACGACAGGGAGUUUGACGAGCUCGACCACGACAGUGACGAUCACAGAACAUUAAUGCCAACUGUGGGGAACCACUUUACGUGGUACAAUUGUAAAGUUAAAAUUUCUACGUGAAUGCCUCAGAAGCAUUCGCCAGUCGGAGCGAUUACGGCAAGGGAACUGAUCCUUCCUCGUAUAUUUUCGUCUUCUUUAUUAUGAUCUAAAGAAUAGCUGUUAAUGGACUAUUUUAUAGACGCACUUUUCUUUUUUUAGCUUCCUUGCACUUUGUACAACGAACAGAUGCGCUAUGUUAUCUCUCUCUCAUGCUGUUUUUAGUAAUUUAAUAUAAAAACUAAAGAAUUAGUUAGUUAUUUUUAUCUGGAGAUUUAUCGGCAAAUCAUAUGACAGUAUGUGUCAUCGAAUUCGUCCGUGCAAAAGAAGUCUUUGUGAAAUUGCGUAGUUGGACGUUUGAACUGAAAGAGGGGAAAAAACAGUGCUCGUUAACUCGCCUCACUUUUACCGACGCUGCUGUUGAUCGACGUGCAGCGCAUUAUAAAUUAACGAAGAUACCGAGGGAGAGUGUUAUUUAGAAUAGAUGAAUGUGUAUAUUAUAUGCUGCGUUUUCGUAUCUUCUUAACAGCAACGUUAGCGAUAUCAGCUCUCCUCGAAGGCCUGUCCUUGAAAGCAACAGCAGAAAAAUUGAAACUACGUCUGCGUCUACGUAUAUUUUGUACUUUCGAUCAUUCCACAGUUCCGAAAAGAGAAGUUUCAAAAUUGAAGUUACAAGCCAAGCAUAAUAAAAUCUGAAUAAACAGUAUACUGAGAUGAAUGAUUCUUGCGGGUCACUUUCCAAAAAUCCUAGUGAUAACGUACUCCACUACCUCGUACGAGUCGCACAAUCGUACGGAACUACGCGAGAAGAGAAUCCUGACGACGAGGAGGGAAGUGAACGAGCGAAGCGUUUCCGUUUUCCCGGGAAUAUGAUCUCGUGGGCGACGCGUGACGAAAUCGAGUGUGACCGGAGGAUCGCGAAUUUGGCUUGUGGAAGACCACCUGAUCGAGAGACCAAAGCGAGGAAAGGACACAUGAAUGUUCUUCCUCGAGCCUGAAAAUAUCGGCGUUUUAAAAUGUAUGAAAAUCCGUAGAGUCAAUUUCUUCACGUAGAAAUAAAUUUGCGCCAUUUCUAUAGAAUUUUGUCCCCAUUCAAGGCAAAAUAAUUAGAGGAGUCCUUAAUAUCGAAUUUUGUCGAGCGGUGGGGAUCAAAAAGAGGAUUGCUUAUUCCGACGAAAUGCAACAAUUUAUUUCUAAACUGCUGUCUGAUGUGAUUAUAUAUAUAUUUUUAAAAGAGAGAAAUUCCUCUCGGCUGUGCGCACUAGCGCAAGCAAUCGAAUUCGCUGUAAACGAGAUUAUUUCCGCAUCGAAAAGUCAUUCUUCGUAUAGUUUUCACUUCUUUUCAGACGGCAAACCUUUCGGAUCAAUCGCACCUUUUAUCUAUGGAUAUUCGUCGAAAUCGAGCGGAUAAUCGCGUCAUUUGCGCGGCACAGAUCUCGAAUUUAUGUAAGCGUGUGCGGGAAAUUGCGUAGCGUAUAGCUGAAAUAACAGUGGCUUGGCGCCAUAUCACGUGCGGCAACGUGUAAUUAGACAUGUACACAAUCGACAGUUAAAUAAUAACAUCAAAUUGUAUGUGUAUGAACCUGCAAUCUGUGGGGCGGGGAUAGAAAGAAGAAAUAUUAUAUUCUACUGCAUAAAAAAUCAUAAAAAAGGAUAUAUUAUUAGUAAAUAUUAAGUUUACUAAAGACACAGAAAAAAAAAUAAGAAUCGAAGACGGAGGAGAAAACAAUGUGGGAGUAAUUAGUGUGAGUGCGAGCGAAUGAAUGAUGGUAUACGUUACGCGCGUUACGUCGGCAACAGACGUUAUAUGUUUUGUCACGGAUACACAAUGGUUUUUGAAUAAAUAUCUAUUUGACCUA